CGCAGCCCGCCUCCGCAGCCCGCCUCCGCAGCCCCGCCUCCCAGCCCGCCUCCGCAGCCCGCUCUCCUCAGCCCGCCUCCUCAGCCCGCCUCCUCAGCUCGCCCCUCAGCUCGCCUCCCAGCCCGCCUCACAGCCCGCCUCCUCAGUUCCGCCCUCCCACAGCCCGCCUCCACAGCCGCCUCCACAGCCCGCCUCCUCAGCCACGCAGCCCGCCUCCGCAGCCCGCCUCCUCAGCCCGCUCCAGCCGCCUCCCUCAGCGCUCCGCAGCCGCCGCCUCAGCACCGCCUCCUCAGCCGCCUCCACAGCCCGCCUCCUCAGCCCGCCUCCACAGCCGCCCGCCUCCUCAGCCGCCUCCUCAGCCCGCCUCCGCCUCAGCACUCCUCAGCCCCUCCUCAGCCCGCCUCCUCAAGCCCGCCUCCUCAGCCCGCCUCCACACCCGCCCUCCAGCCCGCCUCCACAGCCCGCCUCCUCAGCCCGCCUCCUCAGCCGCCUCCUCCAGCCCGCCUCUUCAGCCCGCCUCCUCAGCCCGCCUCCUCCAGCCCGCCUCCGCCAAGCCCGCCUCCCCAGCCCGCCUCCAUCAGCCUCGCCUCCUCAGCCCGCCUACUCAGCCGCCUCUCAGCCCCGCCUCCUCAGGCCUCGCCCCUGCACGCUCAGACCCGAGCCUCUGCAGCCACAGCCGCCGCUUCCUCCAGUCCGCCUCCACCAGCCCGCCUCCACAGCCCGCUCUAUCAGCCGCCUCCACACCCCCUCUUCAGCCCAGCCUCCCAGCCCGCCUCCUCACCCCCGCCGCCAUCAGCCCCGCCUCCUCAGCCCGCUCCUGCAGCCCACUCCCGCCGCACCUCAGCCACGCCUCCACAGCCCUCUCUCCUCAGCCCGCCUCCACAGCACCCAGCAUACUUAACACCUAACAGCAACCGACAUCUCAUCAGUACUACGCCUCCAUCGAGAUCCGCCCACAUCAGACUACCCGCCUUAACCUAUCAUUGCACCCCACCAGCAAUCCUCAGUACGGCCGCGACAAUGCCCCAAGUCCUCCGUCCUCCAGCACGCUCCAUGCUUGCGCACAGUCCCGCCUUCAUCCGCUCGAGGCAUGAUCGUGCACACACAGCCGCGGCUCUUCGGCAUACUUCACACUGUUUCCUUUGGCCUUCCCUUGUCCACGAGUCCCCUGCUCUUCACCAAUCGCUGCCCUGCACCCAUAACACUCACACCAAUGACCAUCUUCAGCGAAACCAUAUACUCGACCUCCUCAGAUACCAGCCCAUAAUCACGCCAAUCCUCAUACCUCCACAUCAGCCCCGCCUCCUCAAGACAACCACCUCCUCAGCCCGGCACAAAUCCUCAGCCCAGCCUCCCACACCGCCAAAUAUAAAUAAAAAUACAGACCCGCCAAUCACAGAACUCACGUACCUCACUCAUGAUCAUCAGACUCCACAAGCGCGCGAGCCACCUCAGACCCGCCACUCUACAUCAGUUACCCACUUAAUACACCGUAGCAUCAAGCUCCUCAGCAUCACGCAUAUCCCAUCAGAACACCGCCUUCCUACACCCACACCCUCCAUCAGCACGCCUCUUUGCAUAGCCAACGCCUCCACACCCGCCUCCUCAACAUCACGCCUAUCCAUCAGCACACGCCAAUCGCACAAGCCCCGGCACCCUCUCCAGAGCCCAUCCUCAAGAAACCAGACUUCUCUAUUCAUCAAGAGCCACCUCAAUACACGAACAACCAAGCUCUUCACAUACAAAACACAGCCACCUGAGCAGAUACCCCAGCGGCACUCUAGCGAGCCCGCCACUACGACAAGUUUCACCAAAACCAAUACAAAACCCCCAUCCUCCCCGCUCAUCAGGCGGCCCGCCUCCUCAGACCCGCCUCCUUCACCGCAAUCUAGACCAAACCGACUAACCAGCCCCCUUCCACCUAGUCCUCCCGCCUCCUCAGCCCGCCUCCUCAGCAGCCCCCCUCAGCCCGCCUCGCCCCCCGCCUCCUCAGCACAGCCCGCCUCAUCAGCCCACCUCCUCAGCCCGCCUCCACAGCCCGCCUCCUCAGCCGCCGCCUCCUCUAGCCCGCCUCUCAGCCGCCUCCUCAGCCCGCCUCAUCAGCCCGCCUCCACAGCCCCGCCUCCACAGCCCGCCUCAUCAGCCAGCCUCCUCAGCCCGCCUCCACAGCCGCCUCCUCAGCCCGCCUCUUCAGCCCUUCUUCAGCCCGCCUCUUCAGCCCGCCUCCUCAGCCCGCCCCACAGCCCACCUCCUCAGCCCGCCUCCACAGCCCGCCUCCCUCAGCCCGCCUCCUCCCCUCCAGCCCCGCCCGCCUCAUCAGCCCGCCUCCACAGCCCGCCUCCACAGCCCGCCUCAUCAGCCAGCCUCGCCCGCCUCAUCAGCCCGCCCCACAGCCCGCCUCCAGCCAGCCUCAGCCGCCUCCAGCCCGCCUCCUCAGCCCGCCUCAUCAGCCCGCCUCCACAGCCCGCCUCAUCAGCCAGCCUCCUCAGCCCGCUCCUCAGCCUCCUCAGCCCGCCUCUUCAGCCCGCCCGCCACAGCCCGCCUCAUCAGCCAGCCUCCUCAGCCCCCUCCACAGCCCGCUCAUCAGCCAGCCUCCUCAGCCCCGCUCUUCAAGCCCGCCUCCUCCACAGCCCCCUCCACAGCCCGCUCAUCAGCCCGCCUCCUCAGCCCGCCUCUUCAGCCCGCCUCCACAGCCCGCCUCCUCAGCCUCACAGCCCGCCUCCACAGCCCGCCUCCACAAGCCCGCCUCCACAGCCAGCCUCCUCAGCCCGCCUCUUCAGCCCGCCUCCACAGCCCGCCUCCACCAGCCCUCCACAGCCCCGCCUCAUCAGCCCGCCUCCUCCAGCCCGCCCGCCUCCACAGCCCGCCUUCCUCAGCCCGCCUUUCAGCCACAGCCCGCCUCAUCAGCCUCCACAGCCCGCCUCAUCAGCCAGCCUCCUCAGCGCCGCCCUUCCACAGCCCGCCUCCACAGCCCGCCUCCACAGCCGCCUCCACAGCCCGCCUCAUCAGCUCCGCCUCAUCAGCCCGCCUCCAUCAGCCCGCCUCUUCAGCCCUAAGCCCGCCUCCCAGCCGCCUCCUCAGCCGCCUCUCAGCCAGCCCCCUCAGCCCGCCUCCACAGCCCGCCUCCUCAGCCCGCCUCAGCUCUCCUCCAGCCCGCCUCUUCAGCCCGCCCUCAAGCCGCCCCCCCACAGCCUCACAGCGCCUCCUGCAUCAGCCCGCCUCUUCAGCCCGCCUCUCAGCUUCAGCCCGCCUCCUCAGCCCGCCUCUUCAGCCCCGCCUCCUCAGCCCGCCCUCCACAGCCCGCCUCCUCAGCCCGCCUCUUCAGCCCGCCUCCUCAGCUCGCUCCAGCCCGCCUCAUCAGCCCCAUCAGCCCGCCUCAUCAGCCACCCCCUCAUCAGCCCGCCUCUUCAGCCCGCCUCCUCAGCCCGCCCUCCUCUGCCCGCCUCCACAGCCCGCCUCCUCAGCCCGCCUCAGGCCCGCCUCCUCAGCUCGCCUCCACAGCCCGCCUCAUCAGCCGCCUCAUCAGCCCGCCUUGCCUCCUCAGCCGCCUCUUCACCGCCUCCUCAGCCCGCCUCCUCAGCCCCCUCCGCAGCCCGCCUCCUCAGCCCAGCUUCGCCUCCACAGCCUCCAGCCUUCCUCAGCCCGCCUCCUCAGCCCACGCCUCCUCAGCCCCGCCUCACAGCCCGCCUCCACAGCCCACCUCCUCACCCGCCUCCAGCCUCCUCAGCCCGCCCUCCUCAGCCCGCCUCCUCAGCCCGCCUCCCAGCCCGCCUCCUCCAAGCCCGCCUCCUCAACAGCCCCUCCAGCCCGCCUCCUCAGCCCGCCUCUCAGCAGCCCAUUGGCGGACAGCAGAGACGACUCAGUAACCAUCGGGAAGUCAACGCAUGCCGCCGCCCAGAUCCCUCGGAAACCAAACCCGAUCCAGACAUAGGCGGGAGGAACGCGCGACGGCGCACGACUCUUUCGGGAGGCGAGGGGCGCAAGGAAGGGAGGUCCGAGGCUUCCUGGUAUUGCGACCUGAUUGUCAAUAUCAAACGGGCAGCUGUAUCCCGCUGGCCCGUGUCAUAUUCUCUUCAUCGAUCUCUCUUGAAUAUACUCUUCGGAUUCUUUGAUCCACCCAUUAUAGAAUUCGGACUUGUCGUCAACGGGCACGCCCCGUGCCUGUCGCCCCUGCGUACACUUAAAGAGUGCGACUCUGGCCCGCGCCUCUUUAAAAACUUGGAUAGUGGUUUGUGA